CUUCAAGAACACAUUGACAAAAUAUGCUAUGCUUGCCUCGGUAAUGACUUUCCUGGGGUUGGAAAGUGUUGGACACACCGCUUCACUGAAAAGCACUCCAAACACUUGAAAACAUCAUGGUCAGCUCUGCUCAACUCAAAAUUUGGUUGUGCAGUCAAUGAGAACACAAACAAGGCAUGGUUUGAUCUCUUGGAGGGUGUUCUGGACCAAUAUGACAUUGCUGAGGAUUGCAUACAUGCAGUUGACAAGAUUGGGAUCUUGCCACAAUCAGGUGAGGGUGAAUGA